UUCUUGCCAAACGGAGCUACUAUCGUAACAAGAUGAUGGCUCUGAGCAUUCCUUGCUAUGCUUCACUUAGUACCAAAUUGAGAGCUCCGCUUAAUUCCAGCAGCUACAAUGAUCUUGAGAAAGUGAAAAGCAUCGUAAAGAAAACAGUGAUUCCUUGUAUCAGUAAUUCUCCUGUUGAAUCUCUCCAAAAAGGCAAUUGGGUUAAGCUCAUUUGUGGUGCUAGCUUUGAGGAUUUGGUCGACAUCAGGAACCUUUCUCUGGUUUAUACUCUUGCUGGAGUUGAUUGCAUCGACUGUGCUGCUGAGGCGUCGGUGGUGAAUGCUGUAAGCGAAGGAGUAGAAGCAGCCAGAGCCAUUGUGCCCAUUCGCAGGCCUUGGAUAAUGAUCAGUGUUAAUGACGAUGAAGAUCUUCAUUUCCGUAAAGCUGAAUUUGAUCCGGAUGAUUGCCCUCAGGAUUGCACAAGACCUUGUGAGAAAGUCUGUCCUGCUAGUGCAAUAUUGCAAAAGCAGGGCGGAGUUUUGGCUGAGCGCUGUUACGGUUGUGGUCGUUGCCUUCCGGUUUGUCCUUAUGACAAAAUAAGAGCUAUUACAUAUGUGAGAGAUGUUACUGCUACAGCUGAACUUCUUGAAAGGGAUGAUGUUGAUGCCAUAGAAAUUCAUACCAGUGGAAGGGUGCCUGCAGUAUUUAGAGAACUCUGGACUGGGUUGGGGAACUCAACUGCAAAUCUGAAGCUCGUGGCAGUUAGCUUUCCAGACUUGAGAGAUUCAACCAUAUCGGCGAUGGAAGCUAUGUACUCCGUAAUGGAAACCAACAUACAAUGCUUAAACUUAUGGCAGUUGGAUGGUCGACCUAUGAGUGGAGAUAUUGGGCGAGGUGCCACGAGAGAUGCAAUUGCUUUUGCACAAAAAUUGGCCUCUGCUGAAAACAAGCCUAAAGGUUUCCUUCAACUGGCGGGAGGUACAAAUGCUCACACUAUAGAGGGUUUGAAAAAGGAGAGAUUAUUCCAAACAACAACCAUGCAUGAGGCUUCAGAUUAUGAGAAAAUUCCCUCGAGUUCCUUACAUUCACCAAAUGCUUUGAUCGCUGGUGUGGCCUUUGGUGGCUAUGCACGAAAGAUAGUUGGUAGGGUUUUGAAUUCAGUGCAAAACCAUCAUGGACUUGCUCAUGUCGAAGAUUUCCCCGAGCUACUUCUGCAGGCCAUUAUUGAAUCACUUGCUCUGGUUGGAACUGUUAAAUGUUACAACAUCCAGAAGCAGAUCACUUAGAUUGUAUUUGAGGUUGAUACAUCAGAAGAAAUUAAAACAAUGAGGUUUUGGGAAGACCUGGCCCAAGAUUAAAAUUUAUGGUCUUUGGUACAGAAAAAGUCAAAGGUCAAAAUCAAAAGAUGACGGUGGUAUAGCUCAGACAGAAUAUAGAAACAAAUACCAGAGUGGAGAAGGAUCAGUUCCUAUACAUGAUCAUAGGGGAGGGCUUCGAAACUUUGACUUAACGGAAAUUCUUGACACCAGGCGAAGGCGGCAAAUGCAUCUGUAUAGCUCACAGAUUACUUUGGACUCUAGCCUCCAAUGUUUAGUUAACAAAGUGCAGUUUUGGCAAACCCAAAGGGAUUAUUUGGUGACUGACUAGUGACUCAUGACCAGCAAUUGAUUGGAAGUAUCCACCCCCAGCUCUAACAUGUGUAUCAGCAAUUGCCACUUUCUUAGUAGAUACAAUUAAAGUCAUCUAUCUGCUGAGAUGUGAGAAUAGGAGAAGUUAUUCCAAGAAAAGUUUAGCCUUUUGAGAUGAGAGAGUUGGAAGAGGCUGCUAUUGGAAUCAAUCGUCCCCUGUAAGCAGGCUACAACUAAGGUCAAGUUCAAUCAUGUGGCCUGACAUUUCAUCGCAGUUCACUCCUUCCCAUAGGCAGCAAUCCGUGCUCAUAUUCCAUGAUAAUGUUUUUGGAUAAGAUUUCUUACCAUAUUAACCACAAAUACUAGACGACCAUGCUCUUUUCUGAUUAGAUUUCUUCGUCCGUGCCUCAACUGUGCCCCAAAUAUCAAAGCAUUUACCUACUAAAAUUCAACAAAACGCUUAUUGUAGGUCCCUCAUCUAGUAUUUGUCAUUACAAUAGUUAGAAUCUUAUCCAAAAUAACUUCAUGGAAUAUGAGCGCAGCUUACUGCCUAUAGGAUAGAAUGAAAUGUGAUGAGAUGUCGGGCCAAGUGAUUGAACUAGACCGUAAUUGCAGCCUGCCAACGGGGAUGAUUGAUUCCAAUAGCACCCUCAUCCAACUCUCUCAUCUCGAAAGGCUAAACAUUUCUUGGAAUAACUACUCCAAUUCUGACACAACCUUCAAUGUGUAUCAGCAAAUAGAGCUUGUAAAAGAGUAUGUUAUUUAGCCAGUGCUUAGAUUCAUUUAUGGUCUACUAUUGUAUCAAAGCAAGAGAUGUCCUCAGUCUCUCCCUGCUGCAAACUAUGUUCUUUGUAAUCCAAGCACAGAACUUUUCCUCAAAAUAUUUUGCCAAAAGGUUUUCUAAAA